AUGGGUAAAAGUUACUCGGCUGACGAUGGCUUUGAAGCCCUCGUGUUUAUCGGAGGAGACGGAACCCUAUGUGAGUUCAUGAAUGGACUACUCACUCGUCCAGAGCAUGAAUGGCGCGAAAUUGUGGCGUCAACGCCCAUUUCGCUCAUUUCAGCCGGUACCCAGAACGCCUUUGGCACGGGGGCGGGUAUCCCGACAGUCAACGCCGCUCUGUACUGCAUCUUGAAGCGCAAAAUGCGUCCACUGGAUGUGGUGACGGCUGUGUCUGCUGCCAACCCGGAGGUGGUGCACUACAGCUACUGCGGUCUCGGCUGGGGUGUUGCAGGCGACAUCGCUGCCGAGUCGGAACGAUACCGUUGGAUGGGUACACUACGAUAUGCUUUCCUCAAGGUGAAGCGCACCGUUGUGUUGCCCAAGAAACACAGUGGCCGUGUCCGGUACGUGUUGACGGAACCGCAGCCGCCACUUCUCCGGUACGACGAUUAUCCGGAUGCCGGUGCACUCGACCAGUUCGAAGUGGAGGAAGGCACAGUGUACGAUAUGGACCGCUUCAGUCAGCAACGCAAGUCGUGGGGAGGCAUCGCUGGCAGUAUUUCAAGUCCUGCCAGUCGUAAGAGAUACCCCGAGUUCCUGUGGAAAGAGGACUGCAGCAAGUACGUUGUGGUGGGCGUUGUCAACAUCACUCCUGACGGCGCUUACUCGCACCCUUCAGAUGGCAAUUUGGAUCUCAUUCUCACCCGUAAGGGCGGUUUGGUAGCCGUGGCCAAGCUGUUCGGUCUGUAUCUGAUGGGCAAGGAGCUCCAGAGCGAACUGAUCUCGUACUUGAAGGUCAAGGCCGUCGAGAUUGAGCCUGACCAACUGGACGACUGCAUGAACAUCGACGGCGAAGUGCUGGAAGGAGGACCCUGGCGCAUGGAGGUGGUACCCAGCCUCUUCAAGGUGCUGUCUGAAAAGUAA